AUGGGAUACGGUUCGAGCACGCAGCGAUUCGUUCUGCGGGACCGCGCGUUGCGUCCGGAGGGGGAGCUUCUUCCGUUCCGGACGCUGCACGUGGCGCAGUGGGGCGACAGCGUGGGGUUCGUGACGCCCUCCGGGCUGCAGGUGGAGGGCGCGCGGCCGGGCUUCGUGGCGUUCCCCGCGGCCGUGCAGCUGGCGGCCUCCGCCGGCCGCUUCCUCGCGGUAGGGAGCUUCGCGCGGCUGGACGUGCUGCGGCUCGGCGCGGCGGGCGAGGCGAGCGCGCUGGGCUCGGUGAGCUUCGCGGAGGAGAUCAGCGCGCUGGCGGUGUGGGAGCGCGAAGAGGACGUGGUGGUGGGCGUGGGGGAGUGGAUCUCGGGAUCGGUGCGGAUUCUGCGGUUCGGGAAGGAGGGAGGCGAGCGGGGCGAGAGAGUGGAAGGCGCGCUGGCCAGCACGGUGAAGUCGAUGAUGUUCGUCGAGCAGAACGGCGAGCUUUUACUCCUCACCUCUCUCGUCACCGGCGAAGUCGCCAUUCUGCAGAUUCGCGACGACGCCUGGUCGAUCGUCAAGCAGUUCCACGUUUCCUCCCUCCCUGGCACCUGGGUUCGAUCCAAUGACCCCGACUCUUUUCUAUUGGUCGGUCCCGAGUCCUGCUUCCUCUACCACCGAAACACCAGUUGGUUUAUGGCUCCUCUCGACUCUCCGCCGCUCUGCAGCUGCGCCUCGCUCCCCGACGAGCACGAGCACCGCUUCUUCUUCGUCUCCGCACGCUCCUCCGCGCUGUCUCUCGGCGAAAUCGACGACGUCCGCAGCGUCCACGCGGCGCGCAUCCCGCUCCAGCACAAUCUCCUCGCGCUCUCCGUCCAGCCAGCCACGCAGUCGCUGCUCCUGCUGCUCUCUCGCGCCGCGGCCUCGCAGAACGCCGCUCUGCUGCAGCUGCGCGACCCCAAGACCUACGCGAUCCGCGACGAGCUGCCGCUCAAACCGUCCGAAAUCGCGCUGUGCGUGGCGUCCGGAUCGAUCUUCCCGCUCUCGAACGCGCCGGAGCGCAAUGAAGUGUUCGUGGUGGGCACGGCGUUCGUGCUGCCCGAGGAGAACGAGCCGUCGCAGGGGCGGCUGCUGGUGCUGCGCGCGGUGGAGCAUCGGCUGGAGCUGGUGGCCGAGACGAUGCUCUCCGGCGGUUGCUUGUCGAUCUGUUUGUUUAAAGGAAAGGUUGUUUGCGGCGUGAAUAGCGAGCUGCAGGUCUUUGACGUGGACGAGAAGACUUCCACGAUCAGCAAACUCGCGAGCGAGGUGGCGUGCAUUUCCGUAACGAGCCUCAGUCCGAACGAAGCGGACGAGACGAUCGCGCUGGGCGAUAUUUUGUACUCCGUGGUCGUGUAUAAACUCGUUUUGGAGGUGGUGCGAGGUCGACAGCUCGCGCAGCUGGAGUGCAUCGCCUCGGAAAGAAGACGACGCGAUGUCACGGCGUUGGAGCGACUUCCUGAGGCCCAAAGCGAAAUGGUGGUGGGCGACGCAUAUGGGAACUUGAUGGUGAUGCAAGUCGUGGAGGAAGCCGACUUGGACCGAUCCAACCCGCAGAAAAUCGUGGUGACCAAAGAGUCGUUCCACUUAGACGAUCAAAUCAAUCGCUUUGUGCCGGUGCAGCUCUUCCGGAGCGGCGCAGAAGACAAAAAGAAAGAGAAGCGGGCGGAGGAGUCGGAGAUUGCGUUCAACCUGGCGUUCGCCACGGUGAGCGGCCGGAUCGGAAUGAUCGGCGCGCUGAACGACCGCGAGUUCCGCAUGCUGCGCGCGAUCGAGACGGCGAUGGAGAACGUUAUCACGCCCGUGGGAGGCCUGGAUCACAAACAAUGGCGCUGCUCGAACACGCCGUUCGGCAUAAAGAACCUCGCCUAUUGCAUCGACGGCGAUCUGGUGGAAAUGUUCCUCGAAUUGGACGACGAGAGCCAGGCCAAGAUCGCCGACUCCGUCUCCACCGAGCUGCGCUCCGCGCUCUCUCCGCAGUUCCUCAUCGACUACCUGCAAGACGUUCGUUCGAAGCAUUGCCCUCUUUGUUCCAACAAACAACCCACGCCGUCCACUCAAAGAACCCCAUCUUCGUCAAAUCUUCCUUGA